CUUAGUGAAGCAUAUGUUGAGGAGACAACUCCUAGUGAUAGUUUGCAUGAUACUCACUGUGAAGAGAAAAGUGUCACAUUUGUGGCAGAUGAUACCGUUCCAAGUGCAGAGCCUUGUAACCAUCCUGAGAUCAAUAACACCUUGGAAUGCGAAGAGCGUGCCAAGGAAAUCAGCGAGAAGGCCGAGCUGCAAGAGCCUGAAAGCACCUGUACUGGAAGCUGUAACAAUGGUGUACACUAUCAGUAUCAGUUUGGUGAAUUCAUGAGAUCAUGUUGGCAACCUGUUAUGAGGCAGGAUCUUCCUUAGUGUGACUCUGAAUCUGAUCUUACUGAUGAGAGCUCUUCUCCUGACGCGUCAAUGACCGACAUUAUCCCAAUGCUUGAGGACCUGCACCCACUGAUAAAUUUAGGGACUGGGUGAUAGUCACUUGGACGACGAUGCUGAGCAAGAAGGGAGCAAUGAAAAGCUAUUUGGUUCGCUGGAAGCACAUUUGGGUGAAGAGAUGAAAAUCCUAAGUGCCGCAAUUUCAGACGUGGGCGUGCUGGGCGAGGUAAAUCGUGAAACAGACGAAGGAAACAGAGAUGCUAAUGCCAGAGAUGAUGCAGCCUCAUUACCCGGAGUACAUGAUUCUGAACCGCACGGUGUGGAAGCAGACUCCAUGAGUAAAAUGAACUCACUGUUCAGGUGCCGUAUGGAGGAGGUGCUGGUGCAGUCCGUUUCAGAGGGCAGUGUCUGUCAGCCCUUGGGAGUCAAGCCUGAAGCUAUACCGAGUGCCCCGUUAUCUUCAGACUCGUGGAUGCAUGCCAGCAAAGGGAGUUCGAUCGAGGAAUUGAAGUUUCAGCUCCUGACAGCCGAUGAAGAAGCACCGACGACCUGUGCUGCCUCUGGGCUCAAUGGUCACAGUGAGUCGAUUCGAGACCAAUCGAGCGAAGCAUUACGGGUGGUAUACGAGCAGAGUUCAGGGCUGUCAACCGCAGGAGAGCAGCAGACUGCAGGUAUGUCUGAACCAAAUGAGACAUUGACUGCUUAUUGUGACGAGCUUCCUGUCGUAGAAGUUGUCAAUGUCUCAGUCGAGGAGAUGAACUCGCUGUUCGAGCAGCUCGAAGAAGAGGCGCAGCCGAGCAAUGGUCGUAGCAAAAUGGACAUUCCACAAGAUGGAUUGUGUCAAGUGGAGGUGGAUCCAGUGGAGCUUUCUCUAGAUCGCGGGUUGUCGGCGCCAUAACUCUGGACGAUGCAUCUGACAGCUAUAAAGUUGUGCUGAAGCAACUGCUGUUGUAGAGCAGCAAAUGAAGGUGUGUGAGGUUUGCGUAACAGGAUCCAGCUGUUC